AUGAAGCCGGAGAAGUAUGCCAGCCAUGCACGCCACAAGGAGCUGUUUGAUCCAGAGAAGCUUUCGGAGUGGUUUCUACCAAGCUUUUUGGGAGCGACCUCAGCGUGGAGGGCUUCCGGCGACCCACGGAUGCUGGAUCUUGGGAAGCUGCCACGCGUGAAGUUGGAGACUUCUGGCGUAAUCUCCUUCGACUGCCUUCGCCCCGAACUAUGUGAGAAACUGGUCGAUGAAGUUCGGCAGUAUCACGCCCUUGGAUUUCCGGGCAGGGCGCCCAACAGUAUGAAUAACUAUGGCCUGGUCUUGAACGAGAUCGGCAUGAAGGACACAUUUACAGCGGUGCUGCAGCAUCACCUACUCGGCAUUGGCGCGCGCUGCUUCGGAGGUGAUGAGGUUCGUGAGAGCACACUGCUGGGACAGAGACUGGGUGGAGAAGAUUGGGGUGGAGACAGCCUAUCGAAACAUCACUCCUUCGUCGUCAGGUAUCGACCAGACGAGGAUCGGAUGCUGGAUAUGCAUGUGGACGAAUGCGACGUGACUUUCAACUUUGGCCUGUCAGACACAGGCAUCUUCGCGGGCAGCGACCUAGUGUUCUGCGGCAUGCUGGGAUCUGCCGACCAGCGAAAGCAUCGCCAUACCUAUCGUCACGAACAGGGCCGAUGUAUUGUGCAUGCUGGCAAGCGGCGCCACGGCGCGCUGCCGAUUUCUGAUGGGGAGCGCUGCAACCUGCAGGGAUCCCACACCGUCCUCCAGCUUCCAGACCUAUUGGACACUUCCCUCCGCAUCUACAAUCGGGGAACACUCCAGCGUCUCUACAGCUUGCAGCGCAUUCACAAAGAGGUCCGGCCCACGUCUCACAUCUACCUCGCCACCCCUCCUGCAACUGGUGCCAAGGCUCCUACCUCGGAUCUGUUGAUGAGAGCUUUGUUCCUGUCCCGUGUGGACAAAGACUCGUUCAGCACCUCCCUGACGGACAGCUUGGACGUGGCACUCGAGGAGGUGGAGCACGCAAUGCUGGAUCCUCGCGUGGCCAAGUUUGGCCCAUCCGUCACAAGCCGCAUCUUCGUGCAUUUCGUCUGUGAGCUUGACAUGGAGCUUGAACAGUUGGAGCGGAGCUUCACCGACACCAUCAGCAGCCACGUGGGGCACAACAGUUCGGAGGUGAUCAAGCUCUGCAUCGACGAGAUCGAGGUGAAAGUUCACCGCCGCGCAGGCACCGUCAUUGAGACUCUUCGACUUUCCCUGUCCUCCUUGGGUGGCGGCUUCCUGAAACCCAAGAUGCUCCGGGAGAUCCCAGAUCCGGUCACCGGCUACCCUCUCCGCUGGGAGGCGGCGAAGGAAGGCGCAGCCAUCAGUGCGUCGGAUCAUCCGCACGUCGCAGACCAGGCCGAGCUCAGCCGCUACCAGGCCAAGCGUGUUGCUGCACGCCGUGCUGGCUCCACCUACGCCUUUGACCUGCCCGGCAUGCUUCAGCUGGCCUUGACGAUGAAGUGGAUCGCCGCCACAAACAGCAGCGGUGCUCGCCGGUCCUCCUCGCCAGAUGCGCGCAACGAAGGACGUGGCGCCCGAAGGAGGAGUCCCUCCCCUCGCUCAGGGCGCGGUGCGCCGACCGUGCCAUCUAAGGUGCCUGACACCAUGCCCAAGGACAUCCUCACUGCUGUAGAGCUGGUCAUGGAUUGGUCCAAGAUGGAGCUGGUUGAAACCACUCGUGCCGAAGGAGCGAACGACCUGGGCAUGCUUGCAUGGAAGCUGACGAUGAAGACCCCGGAGUAUCCGGAAGGCCGUGUGGUCAUCCUCAUCGCCAACGAUGUGACCUUCCAGGCUGGUUCCUUUGGCGUGCGAGAAGACCAGUUCUUCCAGAAGGCCUCCGAACUGGCGCGGAAACUGGGGCUUCCUCGCGUCUACGUCUCCUGCAACAGCGGGGCUCGCGUGGGCCUCGUGGAGGAGCUGAAGCCGCUGUACAAGGUGCAGUGGCUUGACGCGAACGACUGCAGCAAAGGCUUCGACUACCUGUACCUGACCAAGGCCGACUACGAGAAGCUCCCUGCUGGAACUGUGGAGGCACACAAGGUCUCGCAGGGCGGGGAGGAGCGGUACGUGCUGGAUGCUAUCAUUGGCGAGGGCCAGAAGAGCACGCAGGGCGGCAUCGGCGUCGAGAACUUGCAGGGAAGCGGUCUCAUCGCUGGCGAAACCAGCCGGGCAUACCAGGAGACCUUUACUCUCUCAUACAUCACGGGGCGUUCCGUGGGUAUCGGUGCCUACCUGAACCGUUUGGGCCAGCGGAACAUUCAGAUGGUCAGCAGUCCAAUGAUCCUUACGGGCUAUGCGGCGCUGAACAAGCUCUUGGGCAAGAACGUCUACUCCUCUCAGGAGAGACGAUGCAUCAGGGUGCGGGUCAGGGCUUCCACGCGCUCUCCUCCCGACAUCUCAAGCUCCUUAGCCCGGCAGCCCACUACCCCAUUGCUACAUGUUGUAUGGUAUUGA